AUGAUCGGCUUUUCAAAACAAGAUGGCGGCAGACGAGGCGGCAGAUAUAUCUUCGUCGUUUUGGCUACUAUAAUUUCUAAUUACGAGAAAAAUAUCGAAAGGAAUCGUGUGCGUUUUAGGAAGCAGUUUUUAAAAUUAACGAAUCAAUUGAGAAGAAACGCUAAAAAGCGUGAAGCUUUGUUAUUUUUGUAUUUUCGAGCAUUUGGUAAUCGAUUAUUCACUGAAAGACGGUUUUGGGUUCAAGAAAGUAAAGACAUUGGGUCUUUUUGGGAGAAAACGGUUGCUCUUUGGAAAGAGGACAGUCUUUGGCUUGAAAACUUUCGAAUGUCUCGGGGAACUUUCGAUUUCGUGUGUCACAAGAUAUCUGGUAAUCUUUUGCGUCAAGACACAACCUUCCGAAAAGCUAUAUCAGUCGAAAAAAGAUUUGCAAUUUGCUUAUGGCAUUUGGCGACUGGAGAAGAUUUCCGUUCUUUAGCAUGGCGCUUUGGUGUUGGAAAGAGCACAGCUUGUGAAAUUGUGAAUGACGUUUGCGAAGCAAUUGUAGAUGUUCUACUCUCUACAGUCUUGAAAUGGCCAACUGGUGGAGCGCUACGCACUGUCCUUGAUGGUUUUCCCCAGAUCUGGGGUUUUUCCCAGUGCAGGAGCAAUCGAUGGCACGCAUAUCCCCAUUGUUGCACCACCGCAAUCAUCAACAGAUUACUAUAAUAGAAAGGGUUUUUCCUCUAUCGUUCUGCAGGCUGUGGUUGAUCACAAAUACAGGUACAACAACACCUGAACACCAAUCUGUAGAAUCUGAAAUCUGUAGAAUUAAGACGUUUGUUUACUCUUGGUUUAGUUAUAUUUUUCAUUCUUUAUUAUUUUCAGUAGUUUUUCAUUCACGUGAGAGAGUAUUUUGCCUUUAACAAUCCAUUCUAUUUAUUAUGAUCCAUUCCAUCACAACAGUUUGAAGCCUCAUUUUAAAAUAUAUUUAAAGCAUCAUAUUCUUGACUUUUCAUGUUAAUUAUUAUAGAUUUACAGAUGUUAACAUCAAAUGGCCCGGAAAGGUUCAUGACGCACGAAUUUUGGCAAAUUCGGGUAUUUUUAGAAAGGCCGAAGCUGGGCUCCUUUUCCCGGAUGUAAGUUGUAUGAAACUUUAUGAGUUAAAUCAUAAUUUUUUUAUUAUUUAAAUGCAACAUAUUUAUGCCACAUUUUGUUAUCUUUCAGAUAACAGUAAACAUAAGUGGGCGUGGUGUGAUGUACCAUGCAGUUGUGUUAAUUGGAGAUCCAGCAUGUCCACUUCUGCCUUGGCUAAUGAAGCGAUAUACAAACAAUGGUAAUCUAUCUCAAGAUCAGAAGAACUUCAAUUAUCGUUUAAGCAGAGCACGACAAGUAGUCGAAUGUGCAUUUGGAAGGUUGAAGAAUAGAUACAGAUGCUUGCUCAGUAAAAGCUACACAUGUUUGGAUUACCUUCCAACUAAAGUUGCAGCAUGCUGUGUGCUUCAUAAUAUCUGUGAGAUGAGGGCAGAUAGUCUUCCAGAUAUGCUUCCUAUUGCUAAUAAUGAUGAGACUGUUAAUGUGGCUGUUCAAAUAGAUAAUGCAAAUGCAGAAGUGAUAAGAGACUCAUUAAGAGAGUAUUUCAAAACUAAUUAA